AUGACGGCUGUACCUGUGGAAACGCACAACCUCACCGAGGAGCGCGACUGUUUCAGCCAGCAGAACCAAACUAAGCAGCACGUAAACGGACAGCUGAACAUCGCCAACUGCCUUUUUCUGUCCAUACUGCCCGGAGGGCAUGCAGUUUCAGUGCUGAUUUGCUUUUUUGUUUUUCUGACUGUCUUUUCAUUUUUUGUGAACGCGCUUACUCUGUUCGCUCUCGGACACUCCGAGGAGUUCUCGUGGCAGCCACGCUUUAUUCUCCUCAAGAAUCUGAUUUUGAGUGACCUUCUGCAGACCGCGACCUUUGGUCCGGCGGUCAUCCACUCACUGAUCCAACGCCGCACAAUGGCGUUCAACGGAUGGUGUUACGUUCAGUACUUUAUGGGUGGAGUCACCGUUUUCUGUAGUCUUGUUACUAUAACUUGCAUGGCGUUGGAGCGUUAUGUAUACGUCUGUCAUGCUAUUCGGUACUUGCCGAUAUUCACUAAGAUCCGCCUGCGGGGUGUCCUAGCCGGAAUCUGGGUGUACUCAAUUUUCAUCUGUAUCGCUGAAAUCGUGCUGCUCCACGAUGGAAGAGGAGAGAAGAAUGAAGUGGUCACCACGGGGCUUCUGUGCGAGCCAGACGUUGUGGAACAGCACCUGGGGUUCCCCCGUGCCUCUGCAGUCUUUCGGAAAGUCAUGGGCGCCCUCACUCUCCUGCUGUGCCUGCUGAUUCACGCGUUUUCCUACUUCAGAAUGUACCAGGACGCGCGCAACGCAGUGAUGCCUUUCCACGCAGUUAACGUCACAGCGCGCAAGACUGUGCUGUUUUACUGCGGAAUGCUAUUCUUGCAGCUGCUGCCGCUGAUUAUCAAAGUUCUGUCGGACGCGCUGUGGGAGUUUGGGGCCCCAGUGGCGAUGCCGGAACAGUCCUCUCAAUCUCAAGGCCUCUGCAAAGUGAAGUCAGCGCCAACUGGGACGGCAGCAACGCUUCAUAUAUCGCUGCUGAUAAUGUUAAUAGUGCCACCGUGCAUCAACCCGCUGGUGUACGGGAUGUGGAACGCAGAGAUGAGGCUGGCGCUGACCAGCAGGUUGCGGGUGUGGACAGAGAGAAGGGCACGGCCGAGCGCGCAGCAGAGGGAAUAA